GUCCAUUCGACCAAUUUUGGAUUCUGAAGCAACAAUUGCAAUACAUCUCUCUCUGAUCACCAUUUCAUGACAGACAAGUUCUGCUACAUGCUGAUGAGAAUCAAUAUUGACUGCAAUGGUUGCUACAGAAAAGUAAGGAGAGCUCUUCUUGAUAUGCGAGAGUUGGAGACGCAUUUGAUAGAGAAGAAGGAGUGCAGGGUGAGCGUGUUCGGCAGAUUUAUCCCACAGGACGUAGCGAUCAAGAUAAGGAAGAAGACAAAUCGCAGAGUUGAGAUACUGGACAUACAAGAACUUAGCAGCAACAAUAGUAACACCAAUGAUGAAGAAAACCAAGAUUAGCAGCAGACGCCUUUGAUCACUUCUUGGAAUAAUCCCGUAUCGCAUCCCAACCAAGUUGAAACCACUUGUAUGCAUGUGUGAUGUAAAACUUUUUCUUAAAUUUUAGCAAGAUUUUCGCUUCAAGUUUAAGUGCAUAUGGAAGUGGGACUUUUUUU